UUCUAGAACAGAGCUCUCCGUUGUGUAUUCUUCGUGGCUAACAGUUCGCCAAUUUUUUUUUCUCCCAUAUCAAGUGCCGAAAGUAGAAUUCUAAAUGUUACUGUAAUUCUAAGAUAUAAGAUGCCACCCAAACGACAGAGGAGUACCACAACUGCAGGUGUCUCACCGUCAGUGGUUGGAGCUAAAACGUGGGAAAGCGGACUCAUUGCCGCAACUCUCGAUGAGGAAUUUUGGAAGCUGAACAUUUCCUGGGUUGUAGUGGAGUGUCUGGAGGAUGUGUGGUAUCUAUCUGCACUUGCACUCGCUGUGCAACAACCACUACGUAGACAAUUCAGCAUCAUCUCUUGGGACACAACUUUGCAUAAAAUUAAUGAACUGGGAAAUCCGAAAGUUAAGAAGAUCAAAGACAUACCACCAUUUCAUGAGCUGAUGGAGUAUGCCAAGACUACACUUGAUGCUGGGGAGGAGAUCUCCACAGAACUUAUGGCCAAACUAUUGAAGUUCCAGCUGUUGUGUAUGAAGACCUCAGACCUUCAGCGACUAACUGAGCAGAAGGCAAAUGAAGAAAAGUCAAAAGCCAAAGCAUCCAGUUCACCAAGAAAAGAUGGUGGCAAAACUGCCAACAAAGCAGAAAAAGGGAAGAAGAAUCCAGAGCCAAUAGUAUCUGUUAAAGACACAAAACUUAGACGACGAGGAGAAGAGGAUGAUUCACAGAAAUACAUAGAUGAUGAACCAGAUGAUGGACCACAGCAUUAUGUCCUCCUACUGGGGUUAAGCCAGCCAAUGCUCCUUUCUGCACUGGAUUCUAUUGGUGUACAUGUAUCGAACAUCAUCAGACUUAGCAGUCAAGAUAGAGAACACUGUGAAAGGGCAGCUCUCUUUUCCUCAGAUACAGAUGAUGGACAAACAGUAUUGUGGAUGCUAAAAGAACUGAAUAAUUUCUGGACUCAACUGGAAGAGGUUUUUCUCAGCGGUUGCAACCAGUCCAGGCUCUUUGAUGUAGUUCGUCUGAACUGCAUAAUGGAAAAUAACUUGUUGUGCCCUGAUCAAGACAAUGUUGAGGCAAUGCUUGAUUGUGGGGCUCAAAUAUUUGAAGCCAUUGUCUCCCUUAUCUAUGACUGCCUGGACUGGCGACGAGAGCACAUACAUUACCUCAAUAGCAUGAAGAUCAUUGAUGUUCCAUCCAUCUCUUCUGGCCAGACCCAAAAAAGCCCUGAGUCUUCAGCUGAGGGACAACUUUCAGCUAUCCCCACCUCUGUGUCAAAGAAGAAACAGUCAGAGGACAGUCCUGAUUUUCAGAUAGAAGCUCUGAACACAUAUGUGGACAUGAGAUUGUACUGUGAUCUUCUAAAGCAGAUACCACCAGAGUGCAUCUCUGUACCCCUAAUUCUCCAUUGCAUGCUGGAUCAGGUGGUAAUGUCAGAGCAGGGAGGUCCUCUGGAAUGUACCACAUCCAUAGAGCCCAUGCAAUCUGAGUGCAACUUUACCUACCAUGUGAUCUCAGCAGCAACUAACCUGCCAUGUUCACCUAGGGAAAAGAAGAGGCUGAUGGAGAACUUUGGGAAACUGGAGGAUAUAAAAACCAGGAGUCAACCCAUGGCACCUUUAUUGAUAAACUUCCAUGACAAAAGAGCAGAAAGAUUACAUAAAUGUCCUGGGCUAAGUAAUUUUAAUGUCACAAAAAUUGAAGCUGACAUGAUGAAGAAUGGCCCAGUGUGGAAUCUAUUGCAUUCAAAGCUCAACCAGGACAGAGGCACGGGCUGUUUUAUUCAGAACCAGGAACUCAUUCGCCUCUUCAGUGAUGGUUUGAUGAACAUUGAUGAUUCGUCUGAGCUGCUAAAAACAACUCUGCAUUCUUUGAGAGACUGGAAUGUGUUGGAGUACUUCAAUGUACCUGUCUUUUCACAGGUUUUGCAAGAAGCAUCUCAGACAUAUCACUGCAUGGAUACUUACAGAAUCUCCGAAGAUGGUUCACUCUUGAUCUUCUGUCACAAUCCUAUAAGCUCUCAGAGAGACAGCAGGCAAUCAUGGGAUGUACCUCUUCACACAGAUGUUGGAUUCAGGAAUUAUUUGGAGCAUGUUGCUAGCAGUUUGAGUGGAUGGAACAUGCAGAUAGGCAGAAGCCCAGACGUUGCUGUGCUCCCUCAGUCUUGUGCAGCUUCCCAAGCAACAUCAGAGGAAAGGCCAGAGACAUACAUACAUGAGGAAUCAUUAAAGGCCAUGAAGCUUGAGCAAGAGCGUUUGAAAAAAGAGGAGCAGGAGAAAACAGCCCAGAAAGAGAAAACUGGGAAGACCGCUGGAAGAGGAAAUAACAAGUCUGACUCAGCAAAAGACAAUAAAAAGUUCCCCUCAAUCAAAAGCCAAGAGGAGCUACUACACUCUUUUCAGUCUACACCCAGAGAGUCUGAUGAUCAAAACACCAGUGGAGCACAGACAGGUGGUAACAUUGAGACAGAGGUCUCUUUUCCAAGUGAGCCAUCGCCAAGAAAGGCAUUUACUGGCUACAGAAUGAAUGGUUGCGUGAUUCAUCUUACCAGUGAGAUGCAUUCUCUCUACCCAGCAGAUGGAGGAGUUAUCCAAGUGGAAAGAUAUCAAUUCAUCCAUGGUUUGCCUCAAAUGAAAAUCUGUGUAAUGAAGGAUAAACAUCACUUCUUCAUAUAUUAUUCUAAAAGCAGUAGAGGGAUACAAAAUGGAUUCUCAAUGCAAGGGAGACACUCUAAUCAUCAUGGCUCAUUUUUUGGGGUGCUGUCCAGUGGAAUGAAACUUUCUUUUAGUCAUCCGAGCACAGGUAGACAAGAGCAGGAGAGAACUCUCCUGGCAGAGAUGCCAUCUGUUGUCACCUCAAAUCAUUGUUCUCAAACUCAGUCUCUUAUGGCAGAUGAUACAGCUGUGCCCCUGGACUCAACCCUCCUUCAAGGAUUACAUGUCUGCACCCCUGAUGGUGUCACUGUCCACUUCAUAUGUCAGGAGACCAGUGAUGGAGGGCCUAAGAAAGUUUUGGUACGUCAGAGCUCCAUCCACCUCCACCCAUCUCAUGACGGCAAUGAUUGUACCAAUACUGAGAUCUCAAGAGUGAUUACCACUGAAGGAACAGUGAUCAGAUACUUUAGAGAUGGUUCAAGUGAGAUCCUUUUCGCAGAUGGCACAGUAAGCAGCUGUCAAGACUCUGAAUAUAUUCUGCAUUCAACUCAAGAUCCAUUCAGUAGAGAGAAUGAGUGUUUGAAGGAACAGAGCAUGGAUGGCAGGGAAUUUAAAGAAAAGAAAGGUAAGGCCACUUUGGAGAUGGGCAUAGGAAAUGAGGUGGAUGAACAGAAGAAACAGAAUGAUCAAGGUCCAGCCGAGCUCUGUGAGUCCUGGACAACAACACCACCAUCUGGUCUUCAGCUUUACACCUCAGGAGAUGCAUCAGGGGACAUUCAGCAUAUCCUAACCUACACAUCAACUGACCCCUUCAGCCAAACAGUUGUUAUUGUAAAAGAAGAUGGUGUCAUCACAGUGCAAGAGGUCGAUGGAUCCAAGGUCGUAGAGCAUGCAGAUGGAACUCGCAUCAAAACUUUCUAUCAGGAAGCCAAAGAAGUUAAUGAAAACAUGCCGUGCAGAAUAAGGAGGUGGGUGAUGGUAAAGCAAACUGGCUUUCCCACUGUGCUUAUGGGUGAUGAUGGAGGCUGCCACGUUUUGUUUGGAGAUAGAACAACCAUCAUUGCCAACUCCAGUGGAUCUUAUCAGAUCAUGCCCUUCGGUUCUGGUGUGUUUUCCAUUAACGAGGAAGGCCAAGCCAUCUACACAUCUCAACAGAGGAGCCCCACAGCUGAACAGCUGGAGCCAAGCAGUUACAUGAUGUCCACCUCUGGAGAUAUUUUGUGUGAGAUCACUGAUUCAGCUGGAAAUCAAUUUCAGGUAAAAGCUGAUGGUCAGACAUCUAUGACUGCUGUUACUGUGACAGAGAACAAUAUUAAAGAUUGGCUCAAAACAACACAUAUACCAAGAUUAUUUGUGGCACAUGGUGAUGGUUCUGGUUUAGAGCUGUUGAGCUCUCAAGCACUUGAGGUGUUGCUGUUGGAAGCUUAUGCAAAUCCUGCCAUAGCUGUUCUGAAAGAAGUUGCUCCAGAAUUUACAGGAGCCCAGGAGAUCACAUUGCUGAUGCCAAGUCAUAUGUAUAGGGAUCUUGAUCAGAAGCAAAAAGAGGAUAUCUUCUCUACACACCUGAAAUGCCGAAACUGGGACCAUUUCCCUUCUGAUGAGAAAAAGUCCAUUGGUCCAUCAUUUGGAACAAGUUUGAGCAGUAGCGAGUACCCUACUGUAUCCCCAGCAUCCCAUCCCGUUCUUAGUUGUCCAGAGGUGCUGCUAGUCCGGCAACUCAUCCAUAUCCCAUCUGAGAGUAUGCAAGAGCACACCCGACUAGUACCCCGGUCACUGGAGGACAGACUUCCGGAAUAUGCAAUGAAGUACUCGAAGCAGCCAAUGAGUAGAGAGAGGCUAUGUCAAGAUAUUCAGCUGUUGGAAUUCAGAUCAUCAGAUGAGCAGGAGGCUGCCUCCAACCUUUUGCAGUUGCUGCUGAUAGAUAAUAAUACAGUGGGGCCAAGCACUGAAGCCUUUGAAGAAAAAGUAUCUAUGAAAUUUUAGACUAAAAUGUUGGAUAAAUAAACUGUCCUACAUAAAAUAAAGAGCAUGAAUUAACAGCUUGAAA